CCGUUGUGGAUUUAUGCACGAGUCUGGAUGACAGUUACGGUUGAAGCGGCGCGUAAAAUACGUUACGUACAUGAAUGUCGGGCCAUGCAGUAAAUUAAAUUUGACCUUGGAUAGUAAUAAGCGCAGCACAGAGCCGAAUACAGAUAUUACUAAAUAUUUUGGGUUUCUGGCAGCUUAAUCUAACCAAUAGUUUGAUGAUUCUUAUGCUACGUAGGAACAGGGAAGCGCUCGGUGUCGUAUAUAUAAAGGCUGCUAGAGGAAUAACGGGCACACUUGUGCUCUAUUUGAACGAAGAAGAUGUCAGUAACUUUGCUGGAUUUAAUCUAUAGCUGUAAGGUGAACUUAAUUGGUUCCUUAAAAUUUCCAAGAAUUUGGUAGUUUAGGAAAACUCUAUUGAACAUAUUAUGAGACAUUCAACGUUCUUUCGCAUAGCUAUCCCAAAACAGGUUGAUGCCAAAAGUGUUGAAUACAGAAGUGAAAUUGAUCUAUUAGCGAUAAUAGUGCAGAAGUAUAGGUGAAACCUUGAAAAACUUUUUCUCCUAGUAUGGAAUAAUUGUGCAUGGGAAUAAAUAAAAAUUUAAUCGAACAAAUUCCAAGUACUUCAAAGUAACAAGUAUGCGUGCAAACACCAAAUAAAAAAUUAUUAAAAUCCUCGUUGCAUUCACAGCAAUUAUUCACGGGAUUUAGUUUUAUCAUAAUUAAUUGACGAUGAUGCUUGAAAAGUUUCGCACUGUCAUGAUGCAAGCCGUGUUGAUUGCAGUCGUAGUGCUGUGCCAAGCUUCUUCCCUCAGGCCGGCCCCACGCAAGCUGGAAGACCUGCCCGAGAGCGUGUCUCUGCUCGACAUCAGCACCAGCGACAUCGACUUUUUCUUAUCCAACCAGCGCGACGUCGAGCUCUUCACCGAGUGCUUCCUCGACCUCACGUCAUGCACUUCAAGGCCUGCACGUAGCCUCAUCAGAGAGAUCUUGAAGCUCGGCUUAGAAGGCGAGUGUCGGACAUGCAGUCAAGAGGAGCAAGAAAUUCUGCACGCAAAAGGCAUGCAUUUCAUCGAGCAGUACAGCACCAAGUAUAGAGCGCAAUGGCGGCGAGUGAUCCCGAGACUGGGCUUCCUUUUGAGAAAUUCCCAGUAAUUAUUCACGAAUUUCAUUCAUAAAAAAUAUUGUUUUAUGAAUUCGUGUAGAACUGCUUCACUGCAACUCUUCAGGCAUGAACGAUUCUUGCUUGAGAAAUUUGUUACAUUUUUUAUUGCUGUUUAUUGAAUGCUUGUAAAAGGAAAAGAUCUAAUGUAGAGUAAAAAAUUGAAAUUAUUUUACAUCAGACUUAAUGCAAGAUAUAAUCCACAUCAGAAUGAUAAAAAUGCUUGGAUGAAGCUGUAAAAUAUCAAAUUAACUAUUUAUUAUAAAUGAAGUUUGUGGAAAUGAAA